AUGGCUAUAGCAGACAAUAAGCAGAGAUUUAUGCCUUCGCCGGACGAUCGAGAACGAGGUCAACCUCUUGCAUAUAAAGAGGCUGUUCAUGUCAAAGGUCCAACCGGACAGAUGGAGGUUGAUGAUAAAUAUCAGUAUUCACUGGACAAUAAAGACCAGCAAGCGCACGGUUGGAUUAGCGCAGAGAAGAAUGUUGGAUUUUGGGUAAUCAUGCCGAGUUAUGAAUCCAAGGCUGGAGGUCCUAUGAAACGAGAGCUUACCUCACAUGUUGGCCCAACCUCCCUGGCGACGUUUUUCACUCGUCACUAUGCUGGAGGUCCAUUGAAAGGACUACAUUUCGAAGAGGGAGAACCUUGGAAAAAAGUACUUGGACCAGUGUUUAUAUAUCUUAAUUCUGGGACGAUGAAUCAGCCUUGCUCACUUUGGAAUGAUGCGAAACAACAGUUCACAAAAGAAGUCCAGAAAUGGCCGUACAAUUUUCUAAUGUCACCCGAUUUUCCUCCGGCUAAACAAAGGGCCACGGUUAGUGGCACUCUACAAAUUAACGGCAGGUUCUUACAAAACGGGAAUUUCCCAGCUAAAUUUGCUUACGUCGGAUUAGCUGCUCCAGGAGUUCCAGGAUCAUGGCAAAUAGAAGCUAAGGGAUAUCAAUUUUGGACACAAACUGAUAGUAUGGGCUCAUUCAGCAUCAAAGGUGUUCGAGCAGGUACCUACAAUUUAUAUGCUUGGAUUCCCGGCAUCUUUGGUGAUUACAUGUACAAUACGAAUGUUGUUGUUGUACCAGGAGACGCAAUUAAGUUGGGAGUUCUUGUAUUCAAUCCUCCAAGAAAUGGUCCAACGGUUUGGGAAAUCGGAAUUCCUGAUCGUUCUGCCGCGGAGUUUUAUGUGCCUGAUCCACUUCCAGGACUUGUAAACCCCUUAUUCACCAAUCUUCCAACUGAGAGGUAUAGGCAAUACGGUUUGUGGGAUCGUUACACAGAUCUCUAUCCUAACCAAGACUUGGUUUAUCACAUUGGAAUUAAUAAUUAUCGAAACGAUUGGUUUUUUGCUCAUGUUAACAGAAGAAAAACGAGUGGAACAACCACCACAUACGUUCCCACCAACUGGCAAAUUUCAUUUGAUCUGAAGGAGGUCAUUCCAACUGCCACUUACACUUUGAGGUUGGCUCUUGCGUCUGCGUCAUAUGCCAGUAUUCAGGUUAGGAUCAACGAUCCAUUAAAACCUUUGCCUGACUUCUCAACUGGCAUUAUUGGUGAGGAUAAUGCAAUUGCAAGACACGGACCUCAUGGAUUGUAUUGGCAAUGUAGCUUCAGCAUUCGUGGAAACAGGCUAGUAGUGGGUAGCAAUUCUAUAUUCUUGAGGCAGAGUAUAGGAGGAUUUCCAUUCGUUGGUGCCAUGUACGAUUACCUUCGUCUGGAAGGACCGGGUGUCUAAGUAUUAGAUAGUUGAUGG